AUAAGUAAAAUAAUUUAUUAUUAUUAUUAUUGAUGCAUUACAUGAAACAAAUAGUUUGUAUAACUAUUAUGGAUCCUAUUUCUUUCGUAUCCAUAAUGGCAGUAUUUAAGAUAUAAACAGAGUAUUUUGGUCCCUAAAAAGCUUGGGUAUCAGUUACAUUACUUGCCUUCUUUGGCUAACAAAUUCUUUGAUUCUUUGCUUUUUUAUUUACUUAGCUUCAAGUCACCACAAAUAUUCAUAACUUGUGCACCAUCCACAUUUUCGUACUCAAACCACUUCGACUCACCCACCCAUGUUUCAGCCACGCGAAACCAACCCACAUUUUCAGCCACGGAUCCAACGGCCCGCCCAAACCGAUGACCACACAGACGGUUCAAUCCUUCCGACACGGUUCAGACCAUCCCCACCUUCUCCAUCUCCAACGGUUCCAAUCUUACCACGCUCACAAAGACCAGAUUCUCAUUUAUCAAUAUUAUCUCCAGUACCAGUACCAGUUCCAGUAUCUGUACCUGCAAGGGGCCCACCACAUUCGCGUCCGUCGCCAGUUAGUCACCAACGCUUCGGUGUUCCCCAAUACCCUUCACCAUCACUACAUGUCCCACCACAACGGAGAACCAAGCGACUAACAUGGCUAGUCGCGAUAUGUUGUGUUUUCUUUUGGAUUAUUGUAAUACUGGGUGGCUUGAUUCUACUGAUUGUCUACCUUGCAUACCGUCCACACUACCCUAAGUUUGAUAUCGCGAGCGCAAGCCUCAAUGCGGCGUAUCUUGAUCUUGGUUAUCUGCUUAAUGGGGACAUGACUUUGCUAGCAAAUUUUACAAAUCCGAACAAGAAAGUGAAUGUUGAAUUCCGUUACAUGGUCAUUAAUCUUUAUUUUGAAGGUACUUUAAUUGCUGCUCGAUAUGUAGAACCUUUAUCAGUUUCGCCUAGAGGUUAUAAGCUUAGGGAUGUUCAUAUGGUAAGCAGUCAGAUCCCGUUUUCCAGAAGACAUGUGGCACAAUUGAAUGAGCAGAUACAAAUCGGGAGGAUUAUGUUUGAAGCAAAGAGUUUCCUUCGUACAACGUCAAAUCUUGGUGGGUUUUUUCGAUACUCGUAUUGGUUAUAUGGUCACUGCAAAUUUGUAGUGAGUGGUCCUCCUAGCGGUAUUUUGGUCGAUAAAAAGUGUGAAACCAAACGGUGACAAUCGAAAACAUGAGCACUUUUGUCGGAAAAAGUUGCUUACAUUGAUAUCAAAAAGACAGAAGUGUAGCAACAUUUCUAAUAUUGUUUUGAUUAUUUUUGUGAUAUAAUACUUUUAGCUUGAUCCAUUUUUUACUUCUUUCUGUU